GUUUGGUUUUUGGCUUUCCUUAGGGAGUGUCCUUAUGGGUUUUAUCCUUUGGGAUUUUUAUAUUGUAGAUUUGGUACUUGUGCUGGCUGCUGUGGCCUGCACAUUGGCCUCUCCAACUGCUAUCUACCCCUGCCCUUCAACUGGACUUGAACGUCUUCCACAUGCAUCUAGCUGCAGUCACUUCAUUCAGUGCAUCUCUGGACAUGCUGUCCUUCAGGAAUGUGCUCCAGGCUUCUACUUUAGCGUAGAGUACCAUGAGUGCAAGCAUCCCUACCUGGCGGAAUGUGAUCUGAUGGAUCACGUCUGUCCACUCUUCAAUGAUCCCGAAAAUCUCGUCUACCUGCCCGAUGAUACCGACUGCGAAGUCUACCACAUCUGCGAUGAAGGUGAACCAAGGGCCUUCAGAUGCGCCGAUGGUCUGCACUGGGAUCCAAUCAAUGAGAACUGCAACUACCCAUCAAUUUCAAACUGCCAAGCUGUUGAUGUGCAGUGCAAUGCAACUGGUAUUGCUGUUGUGCCACAUCCCUUCCUCUGCAACCGAUUCUUCCAUUGCAUCGAAGGUGAGAGAUUCCCCGACAUCUGCCCUGGGAAUCUUGUCUUUGACGUUGUGAGGUGGAGGUGCCACCAUCCAGACGAAUCCACCUGUGUCUACUGGGAUGUUGAACCAUCAAUCGAACCCUAUCCGAAUCUCUUCGUUUUGUUAGUCCUCCUCCUUGGAGUUGGACUUUCGAGUCAACAUGAUCCUGUAUUUGGUAAAGUUGGUACAGUACAGUACCCAUGUCCAGAAAUUGGAUACCGAAGGCUACCUCAUACAAAUUCCUGUGAUAAAUACGUACAGUGUCUCGGUAGUCAAGCAUUUGUCGUUAACUGUGCAACAGGAUUGCAUUUUAACGACUUCGAAGGUAAAUGCAUGACUCCUGACAAGGCGAACUGCAACAUCGACUCAAUGCCAUGCCCCCUCUACAAUGACCACAAGAAUCCCGUCUAUCUGAGCAGCAAUACAAACUGCAAUCGAUACUUUAUGUGCUACAACAAUCUCCCAGUUUCAUUCAAUUGUGCCGAAGGUUUCAUCUUUGAUCCCUUCCAUUGGCAAUGUAGGAAUCCUGCAGACGCAAUCUGUGAUACAGUGCAAGUUACCUGCCCAGAAGGAGGAAUAGCUGCUUUCCCACAUCCAGAAUUCUGUGAUCGUUACGUUGUUUGUUGGCAUGGUUAUGACUAUGGUGUUACCUGUCCUCGUGGUCAACAUUUUGAUAUUAAUAAGAGAACUUGCUUACCAGCUCAUAAAGCAACAUGUUACGCAGAAACAACAGCUGAACCAACAUUGCCUACUGAAGCGCCUACUGAAGAGCCUUCAGUCCCAACUGAAGAUCCAACUGAAGAACCGACUGAAGCUCCUACGGAAGAACCUUCAGUCCCAACUGAAGCACCAACUGAAGAACCUUCAGUCCCAACUGAAGCUCCAACUGAAGAGCCGUCAGUCCCAACUGAAGCUCCCACUGAAGAGCCUUCAGUCCCAACUGAAGCUCCUACUGAGGCCCCAACAGAAGCCCCUACGGAAGAGCCCUCAGUCCCAACUGAAGCUCCCACUGAAGAGCCAUCAGUCUCAACUGAAGCUCCCACAGAAGCUCCUACUGAGGCCCCAACAGAAGCCCCUACGGAAGAGCCCUCAGUCCCAACUGAAGCUCCUACUGAGGCCCCUACAGAAGCUCCUACUGAAGCCCCCACAGAAGCUCCUACUGAAGAGCCCUCAGUCCCAACUGAAGGUCCUACUGAGGCCCCAACAGAAGCUCCUACUGAAGCUCCCACUGAAGAGCCAUCAGUCCCAACUGAAGCUCCCACAGAAGCUCCUACUGAGGCCCCAACAGAAGCCCCUACGGAAGAGCCCUCAGUCCCAACUGAAGCUCCCACUGAAGAGCCAUCAGUCCCAACUGAAGCUCCUACUGAAGAGCCAUCAGUCCCAACUGAAGCUCCUACUGAGGCCCCUACAGAAGCUCCUACUGAAGCCCCCACAGAAGCUCCUACUGAAGAGCCCUCAGUCCCAACUGAAGGUCCUACUGAGGCCCCAACAGAAGCUCCUACUGAAGCUCCCACAGAAGCUCCUACUGAAGCUCCCACUGAAGAGCCUUCAGUCCCAACUGAAGCUCCUACUGAAGAGCCAUCAGUCCCAACUGAAGCUCCUACUGAAGAGCCAUCAGUCCCAACUGAAGCUCCUACUGAGGCCCCUACAGAAGCUCCUACUGAAGCCCCCACAGAAGCUCCUACUGAAGAGCCCUCAGUCCCAACUGAAGGUCCUACUGAGGCCCCAACAGAAGCUCCUACUGAAGCUCCCACUGAAGAGCCCUCAGUCCCAACUGAAGCUCCUACUGAGGCCCCAACAGAAGCUCCUACUGAAGCCCCCACAGAAGCUCCUACUGAAGCUCCCACUGAAGAGCCUUCAGUCCCAACUGAGGCUCCUACUGAAGAGCCAUCAGUCCCAACUGAAGCUCCUACUGAGGCCCCUACAGAAGCUCCUACUGAAGCCCCCACAGAAGCUCCUACUGAAGAGCCUUCAGUCCCAACUGAAGCCCCCACAGAAGCUCCUACUGAGCAACCAACAACGGAACCAUCACCAACCGAUCCUCCAGAAUGGAAUAUUGAAGACUUUGAGUGUCCAUCGGGUAUAAUUCAAAAGAAGUUUGAGCAUCCGAAGACAUGUACAAAGUACAUUCUCUGCUAUUGGGGCAAAGCAAGCGAACAUGACUGUCCGAAGAACACAAUCUUCUACAGUUACCUCAGAAUGUGUCUAUACGGCAACCCAAAGACAUGUUCUCUGUUCUAAUGUCACAGAGUUAGCUGUGCUAAGUAACAUUUUGAAUUAGUGAUAUAGACUUAACAAUUAUAUAGUAUUUUAUAUGAAAUAAUAAAGAAAAUACGU